AUGGGGGGGAGGCGGCUGCAGCUGUUCCGGCUGUUCCCUCUGCUGCUGCUGCUGCUCCCCCCCCCCGCUGCCCCCUCCACCUCCACCCCCCCCUCCGCACCUGCGCACUGCGCCCUCCGCAGCCUCCGCGUGCGCGUGCGCGACCUGGGCCUGGGCUACCCCUCGGACGAGACCAUCGAGUUCCGUUACUGCGGGGGGGGCUGCGCCGCCGCUCCUCCCUCCAACCACGUGAUGGCGCUGUCACGUGUGGCCCCCGCCGCGCUCGGCGCCCCCUGCUGCCGCCCCGCCCGCUUGGAGGACGCCGCCUUCCUCGAUGAGCGCAUGCGCUGGCACCGCCUGCGCCAGGUGUCGGCCGCUGGGUGUCGCUGUGUGGGGUGAGCCACGCCCCCUGCCGCUUAAACCACGCCCCUUCGG